AUGGCAACAUUAGAUCAAUUCGUUGUAAAUAUCCGACAAUUGUCAACCGAUGGGAAAUUUAGCGACUUAGCACAAACAUUAAGUAAUCCGAGUAUUGACCAUUUAAGUAAAAAUAUUCAAUACAUCGAUUCAAUCAUCGCUACAUUCCCUCUACCGGAUUAUUCAAUGUGUAUGUUAGCUUGUUUACAUGCGAUUGCCAAGGCACCGAAUAUACCUAAUUUUGAUGCAUUUCUAUCCCAAGUUGAUAAUUUCAUUCAGACAAGUUCGGCUGAACAAGUUCAAUAUUUGCCUCAAUACUUAUGUGAGAUAUGUCAUGUCAUAACAGAACAACUUCGGAAAGAAAAUCGCGCUCGUUUGGGAGUUCCAAUUCUUUAUCGCGCAAUUGAGCUUCUACGUCGUGAGCCCGGUCAAUUGUUAUCUAUCCAUUCUGAUCUUUAUCAACUAUGUCUUCUUUGUCAAUGGUUCGAGCCUGCAUUAACUUAUCUGGACACUGACAUCAUUGAUAUAAAUCGUGAAAAUGGAAAAUUCGAUGUCAAACAUCUUCUUCUUGCUUAUUACUACGGUGGAAUGAUCUAUGCUUGCAUUAAACAGUUCGAUCGUGCAGGCAACUUCUUCGAGAACGUCAUAACCGUUCCAUCACAAGCCACAUCUGCGAUCGCCAUCGAAGCGUAUAAAAAAUAUGUUUUAGUGAAAUUGAUAUCCGGUUCGAUUCCAGCGAACCCAUUGCCAACUUACACAAGUCGAACUGUUCAACAAACCAUCGGCAGCGUAUGUGGUGCCCAAUAUACUGAAUUAUUCAACAUAUUCAACAAUCAAACAUUAGCCCAAUUCGAUGAAUUCGUCAAUCGUCAUCGUGACCAAUAUGCUCGUGACAGAAAUUUAGGUUUAAUCAAACAAACGCGCACCGCAUUUAUAUGCAAUAGUAUUCAACAACUAACGAAAACAUUUCUCACUGUAUCGUUGAAAGAUCUUGCUAAUCGAGUUCAACUCCAAUCGACAACUGAAGCUGAAAGAUAUCUUCUUGAUAUGAUCGAGAAUGAACAAAUAUUUGCAUCAAUCAACAAACAAGAUGGCAUGGUUAUAUUUCAUGGUUCACCGGAAAAAUUUGAUGCGAAUAAUAUGCUAGCGAAGUUACAAGAUGAAACCGAAAAACGAAUGCAAGCUGAAAAACAAUUACGAGAAUUAGAACGACAAAUAUCAUUAAGUAAAACGUACAUUCAACGAACGCAACAGUCAAGUCUCUACCAUGAUCGUCCGAAAGGUCUUAAUUAA